AUGGAUAAUUUAUCAAAUUCAUCGGGCUCUACCGGAAAUUCAGCUAACGAUCGUCGCCAUUCUUCUGAUCAUAACUCAACCACACAUACUUCUCCAAUGGACAUAGAUGGUGCUCCCGCACCAAUUGCAGCACCAGCUCGUGUUGUACCACCACAUCAAGAGGUUAAAAUCAUCCACAGAGAUAUUAAUACAUAUGUCGGGUUUGCCAAUUUACCAAAGCAAUGGCACAGAAAAUCUAUUAGAAGAGGUUUUAACUUCAACUUAUUAUGCGUAGGCCAGUCAGGGUUAGGUAAAUCUACAUUAAUUAAUACAUUAUUUAACAAGGAUAUCUAUGAUUUACACCAAUCAGAAAUUGGUGAAGAUGAUUUUGUAUCUAAUGAAGAAGAAGAAGAAGACAAUGACAGAGUUAAAAUCGAUACCAUAUCUACUACAAUCGAAGAAAAUGGGGUUGAAUUAAACUUAACCGUCAUUGAAGCUCCAGGAUUUGGUGAUUUCAUUGAUAAUACUAAUUCAUGGGAACCCAUUAUUGAUGAAAUUAAUUCCAGAUUUGAUCAAUAUUUAGAUUCUGAAAAUAAAAUCGAUAGAUCGAAUAUUAUCCACGAAGAUAAUAGAAUACAUGCCUGUUUAUACUUUAUUGAACCUACAGGUCAUAAUUUAAAGGCUUUAGAUUUGAAAUUUAUGGAAAUGAUUCACACAAAAUGUAAUUUAAUACCAAUUAUUUCUAAAUCUGAUAUUCUAGAUGACAAUGAAAUUUUUGAAUUUAAGAAUGUAAUUAAACAACAACUAUUAGAAAAUAACAUAGAAUACUUUAAACCACCAACUUAUGCUGUCGAUGAUUCCGAAAGUAUUGCAAUGACAGAACAAUUAUAUGAUUUAAUUCCUUAUGCUAUUGUCGGUGGAGAGCAAGGUACAAGAUCCCGUUCAUAUCCAUGGGGUAUAAUUGAAGUUGAUAAUCCACAACACUGUGAUUUUGUAUUUUUGCGUGAUGUAUUAAUUAAAAAUUUCAUGGAAGAGUUACGUGAAAAGACAAACACAGUUUUAUAUGAAAAUUAUAGAUCUAAUAAAUUAAAGAGUCUAGGUAUUAAACAAGAUAAUUCUGUCUUUAGAGAAUAUGACCCAGAAUUAAAGGAACUAGAAGAUAAAAAAUUACACGAAGCCAAGCUAGCUAAAUUAGAGACCGAAAUGAAGACUGUUUUCCAACAAAAAGUAUCAGAAAAAGAAAAGAAAUUACAAAAAUCUGAAUCUGAAUUAUUCCAAAGACACAAAGAGAUGAAAGAUAAAUUAACUAAACAAUUAAAGGCUCUCGAGGAAAAGAAGCAUCAAUUAGAAAUGUCUUUGGCAAAUCAAGUAUCUAAUUCUCCAGUACAAUCUAAGAAGAAAGGCUUUUUACGCUGA